ACAACCAAAGGUUCAUUGCAUCUUCCUCGUUUCUCCAAUGCAUUUCUACAACUGGAAGAAGAAGAAGCGUUACUUCAACAAAAUUUCGUAUAUAAAAGUCUCCUCCUUUGUCUUCACAAUUCACAAGGCCUCCGUUUCUUCUCUGAGCUCUCGCAUCACUUUAAGCGAUUCUCUCUUACUCUCCGCCCCUCGGCGUCGGAGUUUCCAACAGAUUUUGUGAAAUUUACUGAGAUACCCACAUUGCUGUUCAUCCUGAAAUUUUGAUUUAGACUCAAAUUGGGAGAUUAUCACCGCAUGGCUUCUUAUAAAGUAAUAUCUCGUGGAAGAGUUCCUAUGAUGAUGAUGGACCUGAAACGAAGUUAUGAUGUUGAAAAAAUGGUGUUACCGUCCUUAAUGGAAGAUGAUGAUCAUGAUCAUGAUCUAUGGCCGCUUAAUGAGAUUGACACAAGGAAGUCGAAAUUCCCAUGCUGUAUUGUCUGGACUCCUCUCCCUGUUGUCUCUUGGUUGACUCCCUUCAUUGGCCAUAUUGGACUUUGCAGAGAAGAUGGAGUCAUUUUGGACUUUGCUGGUUCUAACUUCAUCAAUGUUGAUGAUUUUGCAUUUGGUCCUCCUGCUCGGUAUCUCCAACUCGAUAGAACCAAGUGUUGUUUACCAAGAAACUUGGGUGGACACACUUGCAAGUAUGGGUUCAGACACACUGAGUAUGGGUCAUCAGUUACAUGGGAUGAUGCACUGAGCAUGACCACUCGUAGCUUUGAGCAUAAAACCUACAACCUCUUCACCUGUAACUGCCAUUCGUAUGUUGCACACUGUCUGAACCGUCUUUGCUAUGGAGGCUCGAUGGAGUGGAAUAUGGUGAAUGUUUUUAUUCUCUUAAUGCUGAAAGGGAAAUGGAUCAGUCCUUCAUCAGUUGUCCGGUCAUUUCUGCCAUGUGCUUUGGUCACAUCUUUGGGCGUAGCGUUCGUCGGCUGGCCAUUCUUGAUCGGCCUCUCCUCAUUCUCGAUACUACUCUUCGCCUGGUUCAUACUUGCUACUUACUGUUUUAAGAACAUCAUUUGUUGAAGCAGUAAGAGAGAAAUAUAAAAAUUAAAAAUAUGAUGUACACCAAAUAGUUAUGUUAAUCCUAAGUACUGUUCUCUUUUCCUUUCGGCACCAUUAAGCUUUCAAC